AUGUCCACUAACUCUACCACCAUUACUCCUCAGCCCAGUUUCUACGGUGACUAUGAAAAGGGUGAAGAGCCUACCGACUGGAUCCGCAAAUACCAACUCUCAUUCCCAUCCUCAUAUUCGGAUGGCGAGAAGAUUGCUCGUUUCGAAUUGCAGGCGGUAACAUUGAAAGAAGAAGAAAUAGGAAUAAUGAUAGAGGAAGAUCGAGGAAGGGAGUGGGGACAUGUCAAGUGGGCAAAGAAGGUAUUGAGAAUGGCGCAGGGAUUCAACGACACUCAAUGCCACCUACUGGACGUCGUAUUGGAAAACACGCCGGAAGUAUUGAGGGAUUUCUUGUUGGAUAACUACACCACCUGGACAGACUUCGAAACGGACGUCGCAAAGGUAUCGGCAUCACAACUGGUGAAGGCAAAGCAGCGACUUGUGACGGAGCGCAAACUGAGAGAAGACGUGGACAGACUGCAAAGUCAGGCAGGCAGCGCGAGGAAAACAACAUCACCAUUGCGCUCCCAACCAAGCCAAGCACCAUACACCUCGUCGCCAGCAUAUAGGCAAGGAUAUCGCUACAGCACACAGGCGAUGACAACUGGUCAACCUCAGCCAGCAGCGCCUCCUCCCAUAUUCCAAAACGCAGCUCCUCCCCAAGUCCCACAGACCCCACAAGCAACCAACCCGUUUGCACCAGCAGCUCCCAUGACAAGAGGCAACCUAUUCUACGGCUACCGUGGCUACCCGCAAACACCAACCCGUAAUCGGGGCGGUUCACCAGCAGAAAGGUCACGACUCGCAGCUCAAUAUGCGACAAUCCCACACCACGUAGAUUCGGAGGCGGGUAGACAAGCUUAUACCCAACAGGUCCAAGACUGGCACGCACAGAACGGAAACCAAAUGGCGAGAGACAGUGUCGAGGUUAGUCUCCAGGACGUUGGCAUCGACGAGCACGCCAGGUCCGGCCACAAGCAUCCAGUUCGUAGCCCCAACGGCAGGUCCACCCAUGAGCACACAUUACGCAGCACCACCAGUAGCAUACCCUCAGUACUCAUACUAUCCAGACCCAUACGAGGCAUACAAUGUCGCGGGAAACGAUUACGGACCGCAGCAGUAGGGGACCUACCUGCGGUCCCGAAGGCAGAAACACCAACACUAGGGGAAGAAGAACCAGACCCAAACGUUGGAGACCCCUGCCCGUCCCCCAAUCUCACCGAUAUCGCAUGCAGCCUCCCAUCAUCAGCACCAUUCUCAGCCUUCACAUCCCAAUUCAACACUUCGGUUCUUAAUACGCCAAUAUCCCAGAAUCAAGAGGUAACAAGCAAUGAAGAAAUGAACGAUGACUUCGUGAUCCCCACUAUAGAACUCAAUUCGUCACACCCCGCUGAUGAGGAUGGGGCGUCAUCACGCACAACUUCAGACUCAAAUUCAUUUCACCUCGAGCUACCGUUCUCAGAUUCCGACUUCAGUUUCAUUUCCGCACCUAGUCCUUCAGAAUUCCCUGCCAGUACCUGUCCCCACGACGAAUCACUUGAAUCCUUGGAAGUUGCCAAGACAUCAGAGUCAUCAAAUGUUAUAUCUGACGUAAUAGUUGAGAGUAUUCCCGUCGAUAGCUCCAUAUCCAUGCUAAGUGUUGUAUCUACCGUUGAAUCAAACCCACCUUCUGACUGUUAUACAAGUGCGAAUGAACAAACCGUAGUCGAUCUCUACAACGUUUCAGAACAUACCGAACCCAGCCCCAAGACAGAAAGCACACCAUUCAUCACGCGAAUCAUCCUACACGGGCCAGGCACCUUCACCGUCCUACCCAAGCAAACAGUUGGAUGCGCACAUCGAAGCCUUGUCUCAAGCGGGAGCCCACAUACCAGCGAUCCCAAGCCAAAGAACCAACCAGAAGACCCCAUAGUAGGACCAGUACUUAACGACGAAGAAGACAGCAACCUAGGAGAAGUACCGGACUUUCCCGUACCAACGUCAACGAAUGUAUUUACCCGGCAUACUGACCCGUUCAAUCCCGCAAGAGUAGCGGAAGUACUUCGACAAAUCAAGAUAGGCGAGGACUUAAGCCCGGAACAACGAACUAAGCGAAGUAUUCCCAGUGGACUUCAAGACAUUCAAACUGACCUUCCCAGCUGA